CAAUGCUGGCUGUGAACAAAAAAAAAAAGCUGGCAAUCUUGUAUUUAUCUUCAAUUUGUGUUCAUAUUUUGAUAGGAGCAAGUGUGUCAAUUGUUAGAUUAUGGUCAAAAUCGCUUUGCAGAUCAAGGCUACUCUGGAAAAUAUUGAAGAACUGCAAACGUGCCAUCCCCACUAUGCAUUCUUCGUGCGCAUCAAAUGCACUAACUGUGGAGAGGUUUCCGAUAAGUGGCACGAUAUCACCGAAGGUGAACGUGUCAAUGAAGACACGCGUAACCCGAAAGGUUUCAACUUCUACAUGAAAUGUCGAAUGUGCUUUCGGGAAAACAGUAUCGAUAUUGUGGAAGGCAGCAAUGUUAGUUACAUGGCGGACGAUUCCGGAAAAAUGAAAACAAUUGUGGCUUUCGAUUGUCGUGGAGUAGAAUUGAUUCAGUUCAGUCCACGAACCGGUUGGAUUGCCAGAGCGUCCGAGAAUGGAACAACUUUUGAAGAUGUGGAUUUAUCGAAAGACGAUUGGGUAGAAUACGACCAGAAAAAUAAUACUUCGUUAGGAGUGUACGAGUUUGAGUCUCAUUUCAUAAAAAUAAAGAAGUGAUUCCAAAAUCUAGGGUAAGGUCUUCCUAUUUCAUCUCAUUUGUAAGGACGUUACCUUAAACACCUGAUUUAGUCACUAAAAUCACUAUGGA